CAGAGAUACAAACAACCCUAAAAUCCAAGUCCCAGCCUGCACGGCUGCAUUUCAGAUUCUGCUUCUGCAUUCUGCCUCCCUCCUUCAUUCUGCUUAGCCGGCGCCAUUGAGCCUUUUGCUUCCUUUGCUGGCUCUUGAGUGCGUUCCCACGAAGCUUUAAGACUGAAGGCAGGUAUCUGCUCGCAAGCGACAAGCGGUAAAGAUGGCGUCUUCUGUAGCGCACUUGGUACAAGGUGUUCCCUGGACGGGCCUUGCGCCCUCGCAAGCCCAGGCUGCAGAAAGCAGACUAAGCAGGGCAGCGGUGUGCUGUCGUAGUCAACAUGCACAACCUACACGUAUCAAAGGCACAAGCUCCCUGACCUCCUCCUUCGCCACCCCCGCCCCCUCCCUCCUCCCCCCCUCUUUCAUCGGGUCCGCCGCCGUCUUCGCCAUGCCCUCUUCCUCCACCUUCCAAGGCGCACGGAAGGGCGCCAUCGCCAUGGGCGCAGGGAUCCAGUUCAUCCGGGGGGUCAAUGAGGCCGUUGUUCCGGACGUCAAGUUGACGCGGUCGAAAGACGGAAGCUCGGGGACGGCCCUGUUUGUGUUUGAGCAGCCGACCGUGUUUGAGUCGGCGUCGGAGUUGGGGGAGAUCACGGGGUUGUAUCUAGUGGACGACGAGGGCGUGUUGCAGUCCGUUGACGUGAGUGCGAAGUUCGUGAAUGGAAAGCCGGCCAACAUUGAGGCGAAGUAUACAAUGAGGAGCGGGAAGGACUGGGACAGGUUCAUGAGGUUCAUGGAAAGGUAUGCUACAGAGAACAACUUAGGCUUUAAGAAAAGCUCGUAGAAAUGAACGUCGGGCCCACAGUUUUGACACUGUCUUGGCUUACGAGAUUUGCCGUCAUUGAGUGACCCUGUACUAACCUUUGCUUUUGCUGGAUUCAGCUCGUAUUCGUUCAAGUUGAGGCCAUUCGGUUCG